CUCCUCCCAGGUCAGGGGCUCUUUUGUGUCUGCUCGGCUGCGAGACGGGCCCGGAGACAAAGCAGGAAGGGGGAAAGCGGGGGAGAGACGAGCCGGGAGAACCUGGAAGAGCCGGGGGAGCCUGUAAAAGCUGGGAAGAGCCGGGAAAAGCCGGGAAGAGGCGGCAUCGCUGGCCGGGGCGGGGGGCAGCGGGGAUCCUGCCCUGGGUACCGCAUCCUCCGUGCGGGGAACGGGAAAUGCCGGGGAUGCGCGGCCGGGAGGCGAGAGAUGGAGAGGCAGGAGAUAAUUUAUGCAGCAGCUCGGCUCGGGGCUGCGGGCGGCCCGGCCCCAGCCGGGUGGGAGGGAGGGAGGCCUCUCCCCAUCGCCCCUUCACCCGCCCCCUCCCGCCCGCAGCCACACACAGCCUCACAAUCCCCUUCACAAUUAGGAAGGCACCUAUUCAGCACCGCUCGGGCUUUUGUUCCUUCUCUUCUCCGCCGGCCGAGCCCUCCCCGGUGUCUCCGCUCGGCUCCGAGCAGCGCCCGGCGCCUCCUGAAGUUGCUUUGCCGGAUCCCCCUCCCCAAAGAAUCGCUGGAGUCCCGAGGGUCUCCCGGAGUCUCUCCCGAGCCUCUCCUGCUCCGGGUGAUGCCCCAGUUCACCUUCGCCUGUUUCUGUGGCCUCCAUGGCUUCUGCAAGAUGAAGAGGAAGAAGGAAGAGGCGGGCGGGGGGCAGGAGACGGCGGUGUGAGGAGCAGCCCGGUCCUGACCCGUCCUGUCCCCUCGGAAUGUCGAAGCCCGAGGAUGUCACCCAGGUGCCGCAGUGACCCUGCCCGGAUCCGCGGGGACCGACAAUUCCCUCCUGGCCCAGCCGAGCCGCCCCUGCUCCAGCGAUUCCCAGCAGAGAGACCCGAAAAGUUCCAAAAACGGGACCAGAGCUUGUCCCUGUCUCCUUCCCUCUCCCUCGGACCAUCCCUGGCAUUUCCAGAAAUCGGGAUUUGCUCGUGGUUCAGGAAUUCCUCCUGCCCUCCCGCCUUUGGAUCUUCCACUUCUGUUCUCCAGAACCACCUGAGGGAUGCUGGAGCAGAUAAAUCCCGCCGAUGUCAGUGGCAGUGAGGUGUCUCUAAUCCUUUUCCAAGGAUUUUCCCUCCUCUGGAGCGGGAGCCGAGCGGUGAAGGUGAAGCUGAAGCGGCAGAACCGCGUCCUGGCCGCUCCCGGCUUUCCUUUGGGAAGGGAUGCAGGAAUGUGUGAGAUCCUUCCCAUCACGGAUCCACCCGGAAUUCCUCAAAUCCCUGGAAUCGCAGAGUUCAUGGAAAGAGCCUCCACCUCUUCGGGAAAGCAGAGCUGUGCUCCCCAAAGCUGGAUUUGUUCCCACCAGCAAUAAUCCUUUUUUAAUCCCAUCACACCAAGGAAAGGAUCCAGCUUCCCUCGGAGCUGCACCUGGGGCUGCCCUGGGUAAAAAAAAAAAAAAAAAAAAAAGCCAAAAAACCCAAUUUUAAAAACCCUUUAAAAAUAUUUUUCUCCCCAGAAAUCACCUGCUCAAAGCUGUCCCUUCUCCUUUCCACAGGGAGAAUUUCCUUCCAGUCUUCCUAUAGGCCAAAAUAAUUUGUGGCUGCCCCAAAACUCAGCUUUUUUUCUGAAUGUUAUCCCAAGGCCAAAGCUCCAGGUGGGCACAGGGAAGCUCCUGAUACUUUGGGAAAAUGCUGACUUUGUUCUGUUCCUAUUUUUGCACAUCAGCAGAGCCUCCACAAUUCCACCUUUGCAUCCUCAGCUCUGCACUUGGCGAGGAUCAGCUCUGGACCAAAAAAAAAAAAAAAAAAAAAAAAAAAAAAAAAAAAAAAAAAAAAAAAAAAAUCCAAGGAAGUUGGUGGAACUCCAAGGGCAUUUCCUGAAUGUAAUUUUAUUUUUGCACAAGGAUCUGUGGUGGCCACACAAGGGAUGAAUUUAAAGAUUUAAACAACUUGGGAUUAAUCCUUGCUCUGGAAAUGGUCACGACUGUAAAGAUGACAGUGGAAUUCCAGCCUGGUUUUAUUCCAGGAUAAAUCCAGAAGGACAGUCUGGCACUGAGAUGUGUAGAAAAAUAUUAAUUAUAGAGAAACGAGCUCGGACUGACUCACAUCCCUCAGAUUUCUCCUGUUCCUCCAGGUUUUUCCUAUGCAAAAACACACAAAAAACCAGCAAUGACAAAGCCAGGUCAGCAGCAGGUCCUGACUCAACAAAGCCUCGCUUAAACCGAAGGCUUUGCUUCGGGAUUUUGCUCCACCCCGUCAAUUUUCCUGAUUCCAGCCUGGAUCGAUCCCUGGCAAAGAGGGAAAGGCACAGAACCCUCCUUGCAGCCUCUCCUGACAUGCAUCAAAGCAUUAAUUCUCUUUUUAUUGUCCUUUUUUAUUCCCUGCUGCCCGGAUUUCUUCGGGAAAGGAGUCCCGAGAUGUUCCUUGGGAGUCUCCCGGCCCCAGGAGCCAUAGGAAUCCCUACUGUACAAAUGGGGAUUUUUUUUUUUUUUUUUUCUUUUUGUGGGGUGGGGGGAGGGAAAUUGAUGCCAGAGUGAUGGAUCAACAGGCAUCUGUAAAUAAGCACAGGCAGCUUCCACGCACAGAGCAGAGCGCUUCCUACAGGAAUUCCUAUGCCAGAGGAAUCAAUAAAUUAAUUAAUACAUAUAUUAAUAAAUGAUAAAAUAAAUAAAUGAAAUAUUUAUGAUAAUUUUUGGAGUGUGUGUUUUGUGGUCGUUCGGAACUGAGGGGUUUUGCUCCCUCUUUUUUUCUUGAAAACAUCCCAAAAUGCACUUUUCAAAAGAGCCCUGGAACUCAAAUCCCCGGAGUUUGGGAUGGGAGGGGUGUGGGGAAGGGCACAGGGGUUGUUAAAGCACAAACCGACCCCACAGCAAUUCCUGGGAUGUCAGAAAAACUCCCAGCCAAAGGCUUGGGAGGUCAGAUGGGAAAAAACCCCAACACAUUAAUUUGAGUAAUUAUUGGGCUCUGUCCUAACGAGCAUCACUGGCUGGGAUUUAUCGUUUUCCUGGAGGAUUUUCUUCCGAGAUCCAUCGUCUUCUGGGGUGUUCCCCCUUCCCAGAAGGAUUUGGGGAAUUUCCCAGCUCUCCCUGCCCUCCUUGGGGAGGGAUCAGGAACAUCGGGAGAGAUCCAGGAAUAGCACGGAGGGA